AGCACCAGUUGGCCGUCGGUCUGCCUCGUCGAUCCCGACCCUGCCCGCCCCGCUUCCUGCGCGCUCCGAGCUCUUCCUCCUGGCCGAGCACGCCCUCGUGCUAUUCAUUUUCCGCCAACCUCGGGAUCUCGGGCCAUUUCACGACGACUGUCUCGAUCUGGACUCUCAAUUGGAAGAAUAGAUGACGAGAUCGCCAUCAGGUCGCGAGCAAAGAAAAGACUCCUCCAGGACUUGGCCUGGAAUAAAGUCACGGGCCGUGUUCUCGCCAGAAACGGCUUCUCCAAAACACAACGCUGGAUUGCCCGAUUCCAACCGAUACAACCCGGUGCAUUCGGAAUCUCUCUGUCUACUGAGCCAUUCUGA